AGAAUGAUGGAGGGUCAACAUUAUUGAAGGACACAUCAAGCGCUCUAGUAUGGUCGUCCUCAAGUAAUUAUCAAGCUUCGGAAGUACCCUAAUAUUCUGCUGCGAAUACAUAGAACAUCUGUUGGGCCGGUCGUGCGAGCAACCCACCGAAACAACCUGAAACACAAUCAACAUGCGGAGUCUGUUCUCGUCAAAGCGGCGCGCGGGUACCGACCUACCGACGCGGCUGGCUGUGGAGGAAGACCGUUUCGGGCGUCGUGGUUCUUCGUCUAGCGCGUAUAUUUUUGCAUGUAUUGAAUCUACUACGCAUAAAGAUAAACUCAUCAGCAAUCUACUUCAUCGUCCUAGUGCCUCUUCGUCUUGUUCAUUUCCAUAAAUACAAACAAGAUUUAGUGUAUGAGCAGGCGUAGUUGUUGAAAUGGCUGUAAUGCGCCCGGCGCAAGUCCAGUUGCUCCUUUGAAGACCAUCCAUGCGGUUUUUAGUAGAUCAGUUGUAUCUAUGCACCGCACAUGCACCUGGUGUUUCUGUCCGGGGCGCUUACAGAGCCACUUGCUGGGUCCUCGUGUGGCAUGGGUUCUGAACCUUUUCCAGCCUCCGCCCGCUGUGCUUUCGUCGACGUCGUCGGCUCCACUUCUAGAGAAAAACAAACAAUAUUUUCAUCGAGUAGACGACAGCACUACUUGUACUUCUAAAAAAAGGUAUGGCGCCUUCGCCGCGGAUGACCUGGACCGGCCGAUGCCCCCUGCUGCCAACAGCUACGCAGCCUCGGGCGCGGCCGGUAAAACGGGCAGCGGGUAUUUUUUGGCUCUAAGGUCGUGUCUACUCAGAUACUCGUAGCAGAGCAGAGCUGGUGGGUCCAUGAAACAGGCCAGCGGGGCGUCGAUGCUAUGCCUUGUUUAGUCCUUGCUUGGAAUAGAAGUUCAAGUCGAGAAAUAGUUGCACGACUGUAUUUUGAGGUUCAUUUCACUUCGUCCGACGAGGUUCUAAAACCACAUGACCGCUCCGACAAAAAACUACAUAUUAAACUCCACACAGUGUUCGCAAUGCUCUCAUUUCGAUGCACGCACAGCGGGUGGGCGAGCGCGAGUCCAGCGGAGGCAGCCGCGGCUCAUCAAAGGAAGAGCCUUUGCACAAUCGCAAGUCGCAAAUACCCAACAUCAUGGAUUCCGUGUACAGUGGCAGUAGAACAGGCGCCGGAGGUACCUUGUUGGUUUCCCACUUGAGUAUUUGGUUAUUUUUGCCUCUCAGCACUGGCAGUGUGAGUGUGGUUCUGGUUAUCGUUAUUUGAACAGAAACAAAUAAAGUUAAAGGCUGUGCAGGAGAGAGAAUAGUCAGUACUACAUCACCACGGACCAAGAUGAUCGAGCACCUCUUUCUUACAGGCGUCUCCGCCCCGUCUGGCAGCCGGUAUGCGAGCCGCGGCACCCGCGCCGGGCAACCAGGGCUCCCGCCAACCGGUGCGACGUCCGGCCUGGCCGCCGCCGGGGGAAGCAGACGUGGCACCCCGCCCGAGCACGAUGUUGGAGUUGUGGACCCAGGAAGUGGCUCCAGCUCUGCGUACAACGUGCGAUCUGCGUAUUACGACCGCGACAUUGCCGCUAGGAUGCGGCACGUGGAUCCCAAUGUACUGAAUCUCCUCUCGGACAAGAGCUCGUCGGCCAACACAAGAAGGCUCCGCGAGCACGAAGAGAAAAUCAGCUCCGCGUCCAGCAGCCGCAGAGGCAGUAGGACGAUCGAUCCGCGAGAUCAACAGUUGCUGCAACGGCAACAGGCCGAGGACGCGCACGAGCGACAGCUGCGGGAAAUCUACGAGCGGCAGCAGGAGCGCGACCAGAUCCACCGGCAGCGCAUUGCGGCGUCGAUUCGCGACAGCAAUCCGUACGAAGUGGAAUUACCGUCGUCUUCCACAAAAAUCGUCAAGCCGCACUUGUUAUCGUCCGGCGAUCCCCACACGGACAGCACGCGCUCAACCACCAGCAGCUCGACACGCGGGGGUGGCGGUGACCACAUUACCGCGUCCGCGAGCAGCAGUGCGGCGAGCCGCUUUCGGGAGUCGCAGUUGAGGCAGCCGACGAACUACCGAGCUGGUGGUGCCGAGCAAAUGGAACAACAGUACAACACUAGCUCUAGCGCAUCUUCAUCAAUAGCAACAAGACCUGGGAUGAUGCGCUCCUCACUCGGCGGGGCACAUCCCGGGGUUGGCCAGCACCGAGAAGCGGAACAUCGCAUGGCUGCGAGUAGCGGCUACGAUAGCAAUAAUUCUGGCAGCGGGGAAAUCGCAGCGUCGAGUAGCAGCAGCAGAUCGCCGUUUACGAAUUGGAGCAGGACCAUGAUUGGAUUGCGAAAUUUGGGCAACACGUGUUUCUUAAAUUCCUCCAUCCAGUGCCUGCUUAGCAUACCGCAGCUGCAGGUGAGCACUACUUCUUUUGGUAUGUUUCUACGUUUAGAUGUCGUGAUGGCAGCUCUUUUGAACCUGCACCUGCACGAGUUCGCGUCUUGUUCUAGACGUGUAAAGAUAAAAGUCAACUCAAUGAAACUACGAUCCAGGCCUAUUUUCGCGAGCGCUUCACCGACGGAGAUUUGAACGACCGCACCGCCCUAUCGAAUGCAAAUAUGUCUGGGUCUGGAAGAAUGUGAGAUCUGUCAUGCAGUUUUUGCCUGACCCAGAUCGUCUGGCAUGCAAGCUCUAGCAUGAUCGCAGAUUUUGAGCAGGUACCCCAAUGCCUGAUCCGCAUGACAAACCCCGUCUUUCGGAUUCGGUAACAAGAACUGGGGUCUUUUGCUAGCCAUGCACGACAGAUUUUCUCAUGAUGUAGACUUCGCAUCACAAAUUCGAACUCUUUCAGACCCAGACAUAUUUGCAAUGCAUACGCCCCCCUAAAAGGCCGCCUCGCCCGGGAGUUUCACGCCCUUUUGUCGGACGUGCACCAGAGCCGCGCCGGUGCGGUGCUCUCCCCUAUCAAAUGUAAAAAUGUCUGGGUCUGGAAGAAUGCAACCCGUCAUGCUAAAUCUGAAGCAUGCAAAAAUCUGUGUUGCAUGAUUGCCAAAAGUCGUCCAGUUUUGACCAAGUCGGGAGGCAGCUUCUCAUGCAGGAUAGGCAUGAGAAAGACCGCGCAGAAUCUGUCGUGCUAGGUCCUGCAUUCCAGACCUCAUGGGUCAUGAAAAAGCUGCAUGACAAAUCGCGCACUCUUCCAGACCCAGACGUUUUUACAUUUGAUAUCCCCCGCCGGCCUGCGGAACCUGUUGAUCCGUCACGCGCCGCAGUUUUCCGGGUACCAGCAGCAGGACUCGCACGAGGCCCUGCGGUUUCUGCUGGACGGGUUGCACGAGGAUCUGAACCGGGUCCGGGCGAAGCCGAAAUACCAGGAGAUGAAGGACAUCAAGGGCGAAUCCGUGGACGACGCAGCUUUGCGAUGGUGGAACUACAGCAUGAGCCACGGUAACAGUCCGAUGACGGACAUUUUUGGCGGGCAGCUGAUGUCGGAGACCAGGUGCGGGACCUGCGGCCACAAAUCCUGGACCUUCGACGUGUUUCUGGACUUAAGUUUGCCGAUCCCGCACGUGCGCACGGAUCAGGUGGACUUGCUGGACUGUUUUCGGAGUUUCACGGCGGUGGAGACACUGGACGCCGACUACAAGUGCGAAAACUGCAAAAACAGGAAAAACAUGAGCAAAAGGCUCACAAUGUACUUAUAAAAAUUCAUUCGUUGGUUUCUUUUUAUUUUUGAAGCAGGAAGGCGAAUGAUUUUUGCGGUAUUGGUCUUAGAUUCCAGAAUGGGUCGUCGUAAGUGCAAGUGCAAGUCGGGAGCCAUCAUCUCGCCUCGUUUUGCAUGCGUAGACUUUCUCUACUAGCAACAUCUUUGUUCCCAGAUACAAGCCUCCGCGCGUGAUGGUUGUGCACAUGAAGCGGUUCUCCCACAGCCGGUUUUCGCGGGAAAAACUGAACACGCUCGUUCGGUUCCCGACCAAGCAGAUGGACAUUACCGAGUUCUGCGAGGCGGCCACCGCAACCCGCGGCCAGUACGUGUACGACCUGGCGGCCGUCUCGCAACACAGCGGAUCGAUAUGCAAUACAAAUAAUUUCCCAUACAUGUACAAGAUGCAUCACAAACUUCACCAAUUUGGAGCGUACAACUUGUCAUGCUGAACUAGGAUCGAAGCCAAGUUUUGUCAUGCAGAGACCGUAUUCGUACGUGACGUGUAAGGGAAAUUUACUGUGGAUAAUCGAUGGGCGGAGGGCACUACACCGCCGCGUGUCGCAUCAACGGCACCGACUGGGCCAGCAUCUCCGAUUCCUCGGCGCAGCUGAUGAGCGAACGAAGCGUGGAAGGCGACCGGUCCGCCUAUGUGCUGUUCUACGUCAGGAGAAAGUGA